UUUGUUUCGACAUUUGUAACUACGAGCCUGUUCGAUUAAAAUUUUAAUUUUACACAAAUCGACACAGCCUAGCAUUGCAAACUAUUUAUAAAACACGUAUGUAGAGAAACAGAAUAGGUGACAAUGACUGAGAUGAUUGCAUCUUGAUAAGACUUAGCGUGAUGUUGUUUUAAUCAGAAUCAAUCGAAGAAAGCUCCUAGUUCAGUCUUAUUUCAGAUGCCUUGCAGUUGCGGUAAAAAUCUAAAAUGAAGCAUCUGAAAUUAUUAUUCCUGCUCAUCAGUUUCGCAUUAACGAUACAAGGAAUUUACCUUUCGAACCUUAACUCAACGUGCUUUCGAUGCCUGUGCGAAGCAUCCACCGGCUGCAGUAACCGGCUUCGCUGCGAUCAAGGGUACUGUGGACCGUUCUCGAUUUCGCGGGCCUAUUGGAUCGAUGCCGGCAAAGUGGUGAAAGCUCAGGACGAUCCGAACCGUUGGGGAUCGUAUGAAGAAUGUGCGAACAAUUAUGACUGUGCCACCGACAUCAUUACGCAAUAUAUGGAAAAAUACGGGAAAGAUUGCAACAACGACGGAUUGGUGGAUUGUGUCGAUUAUGCGAUGUUGCACAUAAAUGGAGGGCCAACAUGCCAUUUACCGCUGAAUUUGGAGUUUAGUCGAAAGUUCAACAAUUGCUUGCUGCAGAAUCGACGGUUGCGGGUUGCAAACGGAGCAAGGAGUGGUGGGCGCAUGUUGCGUUGGAAGUAGUCUAUUGAAGUGAACUGCUGUAUUAGAACUAAUUUGAAUUAUGACGAAGAUUUGUUAUGCGCCUUAAAGGUCACAUAUAGAGCCAAAUAAAUCUUUGGCAAUCAUCCAUCGAAUGAA